AACUGGGAGAGAAUAGAAGAAGGGAUAGCAUCUCCAAUGAACGGUGGAAACGGCGAGUAUAGCUAUAGCCAAAACUCAGUCUUUCAGAGAAAAGCUAUAGUUGCUGUCAAAGAACUGAUCAAUAAUGCAAUUGCCGAGAAACUUGAAGUGAAGAUUUCCUCUUCUUCAAACACCUUUAGAGUUGCUGAUUUAGGCUGUGCCACCGGGCCUAACACAUUCCUAGCAGUGGAAAACAUAAUUAAUGCUGUUGAUAACAAAUGUAAAAACCAGGAAACUAGUAAAACUACUUCUCCAGAGUACCAAGUCUUCUUCAACGACGUGGUUGUAAAUGAUUUCAACCAGCUCUUCACGUCCCUUACUGGGGACAAGAAAUAUUUUGUGGCGGGUGUGCCGGGUUCUUUCCAUAGUCGAUUAUUUCCCAGCGCCUCCCUGCAUUUUGUUCACUCUUCAUACGCCCUCCAUUGCCUUUCCAAAGCACCGAACAUCGAAGGGAGGAUCUACUACUCGAAUUCUAGGGACGAAGUUGUGAAGUCUUAUGAAGCGCAAUUCGCAGAUGACAUGGACAACUUUCUUAGAGCUAGAGCAGAAGAAAUCGUGGAUGGCGGACUUAUGGCUCUUGUUUUUCCUGGUCGUCCCAAUGGAACUCCUCAUUCUCAAGUUUAUUCCAACAAAAUACUUCAACUUGUAGAGUCUUGCAUCAUUGACAUGGCCAAGAAGGGUUUGAUUAGUAAUACAAAAGUACUUUCUGAUAAUAAGAUGUCUGCAUCAUAUAUGGCAUCUCUCGAAGAUGUGGAGUCGGCUGUCAAAAGAAAUGAUUGUUUCACCAUAGAAAUAAUGGAGAACUUACCUCAAGAAAAGGCGCCGCCCAAAGUUAUGGCAUCCACUAUUAGAGCUGGCAUGGGGAGAUUCAUAAAAGAGCUUUUUGGAGAAGAGAUUGUUGAUCAGCUAUUUGAUUUAUACCUCAAAAAUCUUGAAGAAGCGUCAUCCAUCCUUGAAUCAUUGAAAGCAGUUAACCUAUUUGUCUUGCUCAAACGCAAAGAAAUUGGCAAGAAAAAUGGUUCUGCAGGGUUAGCUGAAACUAGCUAGACUCCUAAGACAUAAUGAAGUUAAUAAAUAAGAAAGACUGCGGUGUGGUUUUUUCUUUCUUACUUUUUUCUCUUUUCUUUUUCCGUUGAAAAGAGUGCGCUAUGGAUUUGAAUAAUACAACUGUAAUAUUCAAUAUAUAUGAAUGAGUUUAUACUAGUU